CGACAUCAAGUCUUCCCGAGUUCCUCUUCCUCCUGUCGGCGUGUCACACGGAUCUUGGCAAUACCCAGAUGGGAGUUUUACCAGUAUGAAAAGGUUCAAGAAAAACCUGGAUGAUGAUAACGAUAAUCAUUCAGAAAAGCGUCCAGAUUCGGACAUUCACAGUUUUCUGGUAGAUCCUGAUAGGAAAUCCGGUUACAACCCAAUGAGGCUGAUGGGGAUCACUGUGGUCUGUCUGAUGGUUAUUUCGGUUCUGUUUUCAGCGUCCGUGAUUCUCAAAGACCCACCUUCCGAUGGUAUCAGGGAAGCUUCCCAAACAAGGGUUCUUCAAAUGGGAUCCGAAAAAGGUUCAGAAGACGAUGCCUCUCAGUCCUUUGGGCUGCCAAAGGAUAACCUGCUUGGUGGCUUGCUUUCUGCUGGAUUCGAUAAAGGAUCUUGUCUCAGCAGGUAUCAGUCGGUUGAAUAUCACAAGGAACUAUUGCACAAGCCUUCCUCUUACCUCAUUUCCAGGUUGCGAAGAUAUGAAGCUCUCCAUAAACAAUGUGGUCCGUAUACCGAAUCAUAUAACAAAACCUUGGAGCAACUGAAAUCUGAUCAUUACACGGGACCCUCUGAAUGUAAUUAUGUAGUUUGGAUUUCCUUUAGUGGAUUAGGGAAUAGGAUAUUAACCCUGGUUUCAUCAUUUCUAUAUGCUCUCCUCACAAACCGAGUUCUACUUGUUGACCCCGGAGUUGACGUGGCUGAUCUUUUAUGUGAACCAUUUCCAGAUGUUUCCUGGUUUCUUCCCACAGAUUUUCCCCUUAAAAAUCAGUUCAACAACUUCAAUCAGGAAUCUCCCCAAUGUUAUGGAAAAAUGAUGAAAAAUACCACCAUUUCAAAUUUAAAUAGGUUGAUGCCACCUUCUGUCUACCUCCAUCUAGUCCAUGAUUAUGAUGACCAUGAUAAGCUUUUCUUCUGUGAUGAAGAUCAACAUUUUCUGCAGAAAGUACCUUGGUUGAUCAUGAAAACAGAUAACUACUUCAUCCCCUCUCUUUUCUUAAUCCCUUCUUUAGAGCAAGAAUUGAUGAAUCUCUUCCCAAAGAAGGAAACCGUUUUCCACUUCUUGGGCCGAUAUCUCUUCCACCCCACAAAUCAGGUGUGGGGACUCAUUACCAGAUACUAUGAAGCAUAUUUAUCUAAAGCAGAUGAAAGAAUAGGCAUUCAGAUCAGGGUCUUCGAUAUCGGGACUGGUCCAUUUCAACAUGUGUUGGAUCAAAUCCUAGCUUGUGCGAUGACAGAGAAUCUGUUGCCAGAAAUCAACAGACAACAACACAUUAUCAGUCCGUCUGGAACUAAUAAAUCCAAAGCUGUGCUGAUGACAUCUUUAAGUUCUGGGUACUUUGAGAAGAUUAGGGACAUGUACUGGGAACAUCCAACUGUAACAGGCGAGGUUGUUGGCAUAUACCAGCCGAGCCAUGAAGAGUAUCAACAAACAGAGAAGCUGUUUCACAACCGGAAGGCAUGGGCAGAGAUGUAUUUACUGAGCCUCUCAGAUGUGUUGGUCACAAGCUCAUGGUCAACUUUUGGGUAUGUGGCUCAGGGUCUUGGAGGGUUAAGGCCAUGGAUACUCUACAAGCCUGAGAAUCGGACAGCACCGAACCCACCUUGUCAACGAGCCAUGUCAAUGGAACCUUGCUUCCAUGCACCUCCCUUCUAUGAUUGCAAAGCAAAAGUAGGGGUUGACACGGGUCAGAUUGUUCCUCAUGUGAGGCAUUGCGAGGACAUGAGUUGGGGCCUUAAGCUUGUUGAUUAAUGCUGCAUUAAAGUCAUGUACGUUUGUUGUUGUAACUGUCAGUGACGUUGCAUUUGGUGCAUGAGAAAUAGUGACUGGUUUGGGGUA